UACUUACUUCCAAUGUAGACGUCCCUUUAAAGAGAACGAAUCACUGCUAUUGUUUACACGUGACACAUUGCGACGACAGAGCGAAGGCAAAACAGUCAGGGAGCGUGUUGUUGCGAAUGUUUUAUUUACUAUACAAGGAGAAUGACGGUCUCUCCAAAGGACUUGGUUAAAUUACUUGACCUGCUCAACGAGGAGCAUCUAGAUGCCACUUUGGAAACCCUGUGCAAUCAGCUACACCAGAAUUUCCCCAAGGAAGAUCGUUUCAAAAUAGGAACCACAUUGCUAUUGUUGCUGCAACACAUCGAUCUACUUCCUAAGCAUGUUCAACGCAUCAUAGCAUUGUCACUGUUGUUUGAUCUGUAUAAAGGUGAGCCAUUAGCCUCCACACCCUUUGCUCCUGUGUUCAUUCAGAUGUUGAGAACACCACGGGAGGACAUCAGCGAUGGAAUCCCAAAGCCACCCAAUCAUACAGGUCACAUACCGUUCUUGUCCACCUGUGAGAAAAAUCUGCUGCGGCAUCUGAUAGGACAUCAGAAGGACAUCAUGAAGAAGACACCACGUCAAAUCGUAGAUGAAUUUUACUUCGUCUCUGUGCCACCUGUAGAUUUAACCAGUUUGCAGUUGCAGUUAGCGGAACACCAUUCUGAGCUACCAUCUGUCAGUAAGUGUGGCCAUCCUGUGAUCUUGCCAGAUAUGGAUCAGUCCAAGGCGACAGAGCUCGACAAGACCUCUAUGAGACGCACGGCAGUCCUAUCUCUAUUGGAGAGUCUCACAACUGGCGAUCCACCUCUCUGCAGACUAAGUUGUCGUCCCGAGUUCCUCAGGCUAGCGCCGCCCUUUUAUUACUCCAUCAAUGAGUUAUCCUGGGAGAAUGUCGCAGAACCGACUCAAUUCACGAUCGAAUACGACACUAGUAUGUGCGUGUCGAAUUGCGCCGGUGCAGAGGCUCGCAAACUGAUGGGCAAGGCUUUCAAGAGUGUGCUAACGCUGCAGCAACAGCAGCACUUGGUCAAUGAGUUGGACAGAGAUCCGAAGCUGGUGUAUCAUAUCGGACUUACGCCGGGCAAGCUGCCAGAUCUAGUUGAGAAUAAUCCUCUGAUCGCUAUCGAAGUUUUGCUCAAGCUGAUGCAGUCCAGUCAGAUUACUGAGUACUUCAGCGUGCUGGUGAACAUGGAGAUGUCCCUUCACUCCAUGGAAGUUGUGAAUAGACUGACCACCACCGUCGACUUGCCGACGGAGUUUGUACAUUUGUAUAUCAGCAAUUGUAUAUCCACCUGCGAGACCAUCAAGGAUCGUUACAUGCAAAACCGACUGGUGCGGCUGGUUUGCGUGUUUCUGCAGUCCCUGAUAAGGAACAAGAUCAUAAAUGUGCAAGAACUGUUUAUCGAGGUGCAGGCGUUUUGCAUCGAAUUCAGUCGUAUCAGGGAAGCCGCUGCGUUAUUCCGACUAUUGAAGCAACUCGAGUCAGGCGACACCGGUGGGCUCAAUGCUCCGCCUGCAAAGAACAAGAUAGAUAUGUGUUAGUAUGAUAUCGCAGGAAUGGUAUUAGAAUCAUUUCUAGCGCGAAAGAAAUAUCGUUUGUCGGUUGCACAUAGGAGUUGCGGAUUUUAAUUCAGUAGACGGGAUGACAUUGUACUCGUACAUAUUAUGGAUCGUAUUCUAUACGAUAUUCGAUAUUCAAUUGAAUUAUGAAUUAUUCAUGAUUGAUAUUCGACUGAAUUAUGCAUUAUUCAUAAAUAUCCUCGAUAUAUCUAUAUAAAAUGAUCUGGCAAUAAGAUAAUCAUGUGAACGAUUACAGAGAAAAGAACUUGGGAAUUUCGACAGUGUGUAAAGGAUUAUAUUUAACCAGAUAUAUUGUCUUAAUCAAAAUUGUAUCAAAACUACACGAUAUUUUACACGUCAUGCAGAGUUUUGAGUGAGUAGAAUUUGUAGCAUAUGUGAAGUAUUUGCAUCAUGAAUAAUGUGAUUCAAUCUAAAAUCUUCAAAUACUUCUACAUUAAGAAUCGUAUAAUACAGUACGAUCAAGUGAUUGAAAAAUGCAAAUAUAAAUAAUAAAUUGUAUAAUUAUAAAACUUUUACAUAUUUGUAUUUAGUACGCCAUUCUUCAAGUACAAAAGAAAUGAAUUACAAUAAUAAAUAUCGCAAUGAAUAGAAUGCAUAAACACCACUUAACGAUGUUUUACCAACGUGUUUACUAAGCUAUUAACAUUUGUUUCAGCAUACAAAAAGUGUUUUACUAAACGCAUGUUGAAAAAUAUAGUCAUUACAAAUGAAGUUCAAAAGAGUCUUUCAACUGUUGGAAAUGCAGCACAAAACAUUAAUAUAGCGCUGACUUCCAUUGAACAUAGUUAAUUUUGUUUAGUAAUUUUGUUUAGUCAUUUUCUACAAAUAUUUUAUUUAUUAAUAUACAGAAUGUUUUCUUAUAAAUGUGAAAGUUAGACGUGAAAUGAGAAACUUCACGAAAAAAACUGAAGACUGAACUUUUUCGUUUUAUGCUGGUGUUUUUGCCUUAUUGCUGCGUUCCUGAUUUAAUGUAUAAUUUAGCUUGUUAUUCAAGACUUGAUCGGUUUCACGAUUCGUAAAUAUUGUGUAUAUACCACAAUAUGAAACAGUAUUUCACAUAUUAUAAAUGUUAAAUAAUUUUACAACUAUAAUUUAUGUAUAAAUUAAUUAAAUGACGUAUAGCAUAACAUAGUAAAAUUGUUAUCAAAUUGUAUGAAUUUCAUUUGCGAACUGAUACACAUGUUUUAUGCCUCGCUAACAAUUAAUUUAUAUACAAUGAAAAAAUGAAGUAAUUACGUACAUUGAUAAUAACAAUGAUGAAUAUAUUAAUUUACAUAACUGUUAUCGCGCACAUAUUACAUGUAUAUAUGUGUAUGUUAAAAUACACACAUUAUUAAUUAAAAAUAGACAUAAUUUUUUUUUAAUUUCUCAAGUAUCCCCUAUAUAUUAAGUUUGUCAAUACACAGCAUGCAGGGGAAAGUGUAUGAGAUUUGUGAAUAGAUCUGAGAAAAUAUACAAAAAAUUUAUGUGUAAUAUAAAUGUAAGUUACAUAGUAAAUUACACAGCGUAAAUAAUCAACACACGAGACUGUGUAUCUAUUUAUGUAUAUACAUAUAUAUAUAUAUACAUAUUUAUAUGUAUAUAUAUACAUAUUUAUGUACAUAUGUGUAUAUAUACAUAUAUAUAGUAGAAAAUUGUGAAGAUAUUUUCAAGAUCAGAUUGGUAUAGAAGAUAGUUGUUUACACCUUAGUCUUACCUAGUUUACAAAAUACGAUUUCUGCUAUUUAGUAAGUUGCAUUGCACGAUGUAAAAACUUUAUUUCUUUUUUACAGUCUUCACUUUCACUAAACUCUUUGUAACUUUCUCUUUCGCCAUCGGCUUUGUCUUCAACGACUUCAUUUGCCCUUUAACGUCAUUUGCACCUUUAGAUAUCUUUUUUGUCUUCACAUUCUUAACACCGAUCUUGUUGUCUUUUGUUUUUACUUUGGUAGCGGGUGGUAUAGUUACACCGGGUCUUGCACAGGACCCGGUUAGCUUAUACUAGGCCGUUACUUUCACCUUCUUCUUCCGCUUCUUCUUCUUCUUAUCGUGAAGGAGCUCUUGCUUCUUCGCUAUGCAAAAGCGGCAGUACCAAUCCUCAUCAUCAGCCGGUGGUACCUGCAUUCCAACGCAUACCCUGAAAUGAGAGACAUUGUUACUUUCACAUAUCCGAACCGUGUCAUCUAAAUACAAUGUACAGAAACAGAAUUUGUAAUUUUUGCUAGAAAUAAAUCAACAAGUUGUUUACCAGUGAUACCACGCAUCACAAUCGUCGCAGCCGACCAUUGGCGAACCGUCAUCCUGAUUGCCGCAUGCUGGACAUAUCCACACCUGACGACCAACUCGAUC